AUACUGGUUAUUGGCCUGAAACCAUCUCUGAAAGUGUGGAUGACCUUUCCCUAUGGUCGUAUGGACCCUUCCAGCGUCCCUCUUCUGGCGUGGCACUUUGUGGCUGUACAGAACUCUGUGAACCCCAUGCUUGCGUUCUGUCGGGGAGACGUCGUUCAUUUUCUGCUGGUAAAGAGAGAUGAUAGUGGUGCAAUACAUGUCACUAAGCAGAGGCAGCUUCAUCUACACUAUGAUCUCAUCAACUUUACUUGGAUAAACUCACGGACAGCAGUGCUUCUGGACAGCGUGGAGAAGCUGCAUGUUAUAGAUCGUCAGACACAGGAGGAGCUGGAGACCAUAGAGAUCUCCGAAGUUCAGCUGGUCUACAACAGCAGCCACUUCAAAUCGCUGGCGACGGGAGGCAACGUCAGCGAAGCCCUGGCGUUGGUGGGAGAGAAGGCUUGUUACCAGUCCAUCAGCAGCUGUGGCGGUCAGAUCUUUUACCUCGGGACUAAGUCUGUUCACGUCAUGACAUUGAGAAGCUGGAGAGAGAGAGUUGACCACCUUCUGAAACAAGAACGUCUCACUGAUGCGCUGGCUCUAGCUUGGUCUUUUUAUGAAGGUAAAGCGAAGGCUGUAGUAGGCUUGUCAGGGGACACAAGCAAGCGGAAAGCGGUCAUUGCAGACAGAAUGGUUGAAAUCCUUCUCCAUUACGCUGAUCGGACUUUGAAGAAAUGUCCUGACCAAGGAAAAAUCCAGGUUAUGGAACAACAUUUCCAGGACGUGGUGCCUGUCAUAGUUGAUUACUGUCUGUUACUCCAGCGCACGGAUCUAUUAUUUAAUCAGAUAUAUGAUAAGAUGAGUGAGAAUUCUGUAGCUAAAGGCAUCUUUCUGGAGUGCUUGGAGCCAUAUAUCUUAAGUGAUAAGCUGAUCGGAAUCACAGCUCAAGUGAUGAAAGAUUUGCUGCUUCACUUCCAAGACAAGAACAGGUUGGAAAAUUUGGAAGCCUGCAUCGUGCAUAUGGAUAUCACCAGCUUAGACAUACAGCAGGUAGUUCUUCUUUGCUGGGAAAACCAUCUCUAUGAUGCCAUGAUCUAUGUCUACAACAGUGGGAUGAAUGACUUCAUUAGUCCCAUGGAGAAGCUGUUCAAAGUCAUUGCUCCUCCACUGAAUGCUGGGAAGUCUCUCACAGAUGAGCAGGUGGUAAUGGGCAACAAGCUUCUUGUGUAUAUCAGCUGCUGCUUGGCAGGCCGUGCAUACCCAUUGGGAGAUAUCCCUGAAGAUCUGGUACCUUUGGUUAAAAAUCAGGUCUUUGAAUUUCUCAUCCGGCUGCAUUCGACUGAGGGAUCUGUGGAUGAAGAGGUCUACCCUUAUGUUCGUACCUUGCUGCACUUCGACACUCGGGAAUUCCUUAAUGUUCUUGCUCUGACUUUUGAAGACUUUAAGAAUGACAAACAAGCUGUGGAAUAUCAACAGAGAAUUGUGGACAUCCUUCUGAAAGUCAUGGUGGAGAAUUCUGACUUCACCCCGUCGCAGGUUGGCUGUCUCUUCACCUUCCUCGCCCGUCAGCUCGCCAAGCCCAACAACACAUUGUUUGUGAACAGGACGCUUUUUGACCAGGUCCUUGAAUUUCUGUGCAGUCCGGAUGAUGACUCCCGCCAUUCGGAGAGGCAACAGGUCCUUUUAGAAUUGCUCCAGGCAGGAGGCAUAGUGCAGUUUGAAGAGAGCCGUCUUAUCCAAAUGGCAGAAAAAGCAGAAUUCUAUCAGAUUUGCGAGUUCAUGUAUGAACGAGAGGAUCGCUAUGACAAAAUAAUCGGCUGUUACCUGCGUGAUCCAGUGAGAAAAGAAGAAGUUUUCAACUAUAUUCACAACAUCCUCUCCAUGCCUGGCUACAGUGCUGAAGAAAAGCAGUCGGUGUGGCAGAAAGCUUUGGAACAUAUAGAGGAGUUGCUGUUGCUGAGCCCAUGUAAAGCAGCCGACUUGGUAGCCAUUCACUUCGGUGAGCAGAUUGAGAGCAUCAUUACAAAACUUCAGGACCAGUUCUUGCUCUUCCAGUUUCUGAGGAGUCUCCUUGAUCCAAG